AAAAGGAAGAUGCUGAUGACAAGAGCUUUGACUUCAAACCUGGCUUCAUGGCCUCCUUUUUGGAUUUUCUGAAGACGGGUAAAAAAGAAUCCAACCUGGAACAAGGACAUGAUGGAGGAGAAAAGCACAUCCUGGACAGCAGUUCACCUCUAAAUGGAGGAAUAAGGCCCCUGUCACCACCUCCUCCUUCCUUACCACCAUCUCCUCCUCAGCAGCCCCCAAAAAGCUUCAGUGACAAGGGGUGUGAUGAAGUGGCCAACCUGGCCCUUAGCAGCUGCCCGAGUCCCUGCAAGCCUCUGGACGAGGAGCUGAAACGGAACCUGGAGACGCUGCCAUCUUUCUCGUCUGAUGAAGAGGACUCUGUCAGUAAGAACCAGGAUCUGCAGAAAAGCAUCUCCUCUGCCAUUUCUGCUCUUUAUGACACCCCACACUCGCUGGCUGCUGUGAUGGCCUCCACCAUGAUCAAGGCCCAGCCCACUUUACCUCCACCUAUGCCACAAGAGCCCUCCCUUAGCCCUCCUCUCCCUGCAAUUCCUCCUCUCAUCCCUACUGUGGAGAACACAAAAGAGGAGGCACUUAUUUUCACUCAGCAGCACACAGAGGAGGAGGAGGAGCAAAGUCUAAUCUCCCCACAGCCAAACAGAGAAAAACCAGCAGAUCAAGGAUCAGAGCAAGAAGAAGAGCAGAAAGAGGAGGACAGAGUAGAGGAGAGUGGGAAUAAAGAACCACAUGAUCUGCAGAAAAAAGACACAGAGAGUCAAAAGGAAGAGGAAAGAUCACCUGAAAUGCAGUUUUUAGAAGUUCCCAAAGCUGAAGUGCUUGCCCCUGCAUAUUCAUACCUCUCACCCUCAGUGUCCCCCUCACCACCAAUCUACUCCUCACCCUCACCCCUUCCCCCUCAGAGUUUCUCUGUACCCUCCCCUCCUCUGAUCCAGCGGGGUGAGGAGGAGAUGACUCCAGCAUACCAGCCCUCGGAGCCUCAGCCACAGCAGUCCUCAUACCAACACACUCCAACUGCAGGCACCUCCCCACCUCCAUCCACCUCCCCGCCAGCCACCCUGUCUUCACCUCUCUCCAACCUUCCCCUGAGCCACUCUAUCCCACCUCCAUCUGCCACACCUCCCCCAUCCUCCUCUGAUCAGGACCAGGAACCUGACAUUGGGCAUCCAUCCCCUUCUUCAUCAGCUACUUUGUCACCCUCCUCAUCGUCCACUCAGCCACCAUCCCCACCAACUCCAGAGGAGGCUCCAGCUUCCCAGCGCCUCACUUCCCUUCAUCUGGCAAAGAAGCAGGCAGAUGCUGCCAUCGCUGGGCAGAGUGAAGAGGAGCACAGUGAAAGUGGAGGCGAAGGAAUCUUUCGUGAACGGGAUGAAUUUGUGGUCCGAACAGAGGACAUUGGGACUCUUAAGAUGGCUUUGCAGACUGGCCGGGAACCUCCUCCAAUCUGGAGAGUUCAGAAAGCCCUGCUGCAGAAAUUCAGCCCAGAGAUCAAAGAUGGUCAGAGGCAGUUCUGCGCAACCAGUAAUUAUCUUGGUUACUUUGGCGAUGCCAAAAUGCGAUACCAGCGUUUAUAUGUGAAGUUCCUGGAGAACGUUAAUAAAAAGGAUUAUGUCAGAGUGUGCUCCCGAAAGCCUUGGCACAGAGCUGGACUGACUCUGAGACGACAGUCACUGGCCAAACAGCUGCUGAACAUUCACAGCCAGUCCCAAGCUUGGAUGGAGAGAGAAGACAGAGACAAAGAGAGGCAGAAAGAAAGAGAGAUGAAGGAGCAGAGAACAAAAGAAAAAGAACAACGAGAGAGGGAACACAGGGAGAAACUAGAAAAGGAACAAAAAGAACGAGAAAGGAAGGAGGAGAGAGAACAAAUAGAAAGGCAAAAGAGGGAGCAGAUGGAAAAAGAAAAGGAGGAGAGAGAGCGAAAAGAAAGGGAGUUCAGAGAAAAGGAAAAAGAAAAUGAAAGAGAGAAGGAGCAGAAAGAGCAGGAGAGAAGAGAAGCUGAGCAAAAAGAAAUAGAGCAUGAAGAAAGGGAGAAAAUGGAAAGGGAGCUAAAGGAAAAGGAGCGAAAUGAGAGGGAGAGAAGAGAAAAGGAGCAAAAGGAAAUGGCACAGAAAGAAAGGGAGAAAAGGGAAAAGGAGCAAAAGGAAAAGGAGCGGAAUGAGAGGGAGAGAAGAGAAAAGGAGCAAAAGGAAAAGGAGCGGAAAGAAAGGGAAAGAAGAAAUUGGGAACAGAGAGAGAAACAAGAACGGGAAAACCUAGAGAAGGAAUGGCAAGUGAGGGAGAGAGAAGAGAAAGAAAGACAGCAAAUUGAGAGAGAAAAAGAGCAGAAUGAACCAAAGAAGCAGGAAAGUGAGAAGCAAGAGAGGGAAAGAAGAGAAAAGGAAAAACAGGAGAGGGACCAGAGGGAGAGGCAGAGAGAACAGAAAGAGCAGAAAGAAAAGGAGAGAAGAGAUCAGGAUAAGAAGAUGAAGGAGUUAUCAGAACGAGAGAGAAGAGAUGAAACAGUUGAAUUCAUGAGACUUGAAGAGAACAGAAGAGCAGAGAAGAAGGCAGAGUGUCGGUCCAGGACCAAAACUUCAAAAGACGUACCGGAGCCUCCAUCAAAGAAGAGAAGGAAGUGGAUGAAUGAGGUGCCCUCCUCUUCCUCAGAGUCUGACUCCUCCCUGCAAAGUGAGGAUGAAGGACUGAUGCGGGGGGGAAUAAACAGCCGAGCCAUGUGGGAGAUGUUCAGGAGCUAUGUGGAGAUGCUGGUGAGCACGGCGCUCGACCCCGACAUGAUACAAGCUCUGGAAGACACUGAUGAUGAGCUGUACCUCCCACCUAUGAGAAAAAUUGACAGCUUGCUGAGCGAACAGAAGAAAGGGCUGUUGAGGAGAGUCAGCAUCAGUACUCAGCACCAGGAGGCUUUACAUUUGUUCUCCAAAAUGACAGCAGACCCUCUGGACUCAGGAGUGGUCAGGGUUCAUCUUGGUGGCGAGGGUUACAACCGCAAAACCCUCAAUCGAGUCAAAAGGAGCAUUUCUAAGCAGCAGGAUAUGAAGAUUUCGAUUGAAACCUGUCGAAUCUACAGUCUUUAUCAUUCUCUUCACCACUACAAGUAUCACACCUUCAUACACUGCAAGAAUGAGACGGAUAACAUCAAGCAGGCAGCUGAGGACCCCGGUCAGGAGGAGGUGGUGCAGCAGUGUAUGGCCAACCAGGGCUGGCUGGAAAGCCUUUUUAACUCCUUCGUGGAACUGCUCAGCCAUAGUGCCAAGACCUGACAGAGGACAGAGCACAGCCUAAGUCUCUGAGCUCAUUCACCCUCAGUAUUAAGUGGCCGGAGGCAUCCAGUACUUGUGAAAACAAAUCUGUAUGGCUGCAACAAGUGCAAUGAUUCCAAUGAGAACAACCAUCAUCCAUUGGUUAAUGGGAGAUUUAACUUUUAAAAUGUUUGUUUUCUUGUUGAGUCUAUCCCAAAGAACUUCUUGAUUUCAAGAACUGCACUGAAAGGUGUAAGAUGGAAAUAAUCUGAAUGUGAAAGGUUUACGCCCCACUCCCAUAAAAAAAAUAAUUAAAAAACAGCUAAAUCUUUUUGUCAAUGCUGCAGAGAUUUAUGUCAUAACAUUCAGACACAAACUGUCUAUAAGGAUGUAUUACUGACCAUUGUUUGUAUAAUUUCUACAAGGAAAUUUUUUAAAUGACCACCCUAUGAUGGGUUUGUUUGUUGUUAUUUUUUGAAAAGUAUUUAAAGAUGGUGUUCAUAAAAUGGCCCAUUUGCUUCUGUUCAACCAACAGAGGUAAAGCUGGGGACGUGUGACAUAAUAGUGAGGAACAAAGGGACUAUGUGAUAGUUUCUACCUGCCUCAGUCAAAUCAAAGAAGUUAGGAUUGAGGGGAAAUGUAUUUAAAUCAUCUUCUUUUUGUAUGUUCAAAAGAGGAUAGAAUGAGGCUUUAAUGCCUUGAGUGAUAAGGAAUGAAAAAAUAUAAAUAAAUAAAAGCACAACUUUCUUAAAGAAAGUGUGAGGUGAAAAGAUCCAUAAACCUAAAUGUUUGUGUUUGUCAUUUUUAUCUGUUUGUUGAUGAUAUUUCUGAUCAUUUGACUUCUUUGAGGUUUUGC